GCAACACCAGGACAUUACUGUGAUAGGAUGACUGGGCAUUAGACUGGAACAUUCAGCCAGGAAGGUGAGAUGGUGUCUGGAAAACAAGAAAUUCAUCCGAGAUUCGGUCCUUCGAAAAGAAUCUUGGAGCUGGCACAGCAUAAAAUCUCAAAAACAGUUUGGGAAACGACUCCUUGUGAGUGGCUGAUAUGGGGCAACCAGGAGCCCAUUCGGCCCAUCUCCUCAUCAGCUCUCAGAACCACUCCGAGUGCAAGAAUCCAAUACCUGUCCAGACACAAAAGAGACAUCUCAGCAAGAGAGGACCACUGGAGGAAAGGGGAGGAGGUGAGCUUCUUCAGGAAGACCCUGCAUCCUUCCUCUGAGACGUCUCAAUACAAAAACACUCUGCGCUUGUCGACGCCCAAAACCAGGAGCCGUUUUCUCCAGGAAGCAGGGUCCCUUCACACUCCUCACUGCGACAAUAAUUGUCCUAUUUGGCACAUUGAUCCCAGAGUGAAAAGCGCCGUCAUCACUCCUCGACUGCUGCAGCUGUCAGAACCUAAACAGAACCACCCGGACUACCAGAACAACAGGGAGUGUGCUGCUUCCAUCAUUUCCUCGGCUUCCAGAACGGCUCGAAUUUCUCAGAGACUAGUCCAGCUGUCCCUGCCCAAGCUGAGGGAGAGCAAUGUCUGCCACCAGCUGGGACGCCUCGAGGAACCCAUCUGGACUGUUUCAAGAGCAGCAAAGAGAGCUAAAGGAACGGCUCGUACCGAGAUACUAGCAGCACCAAAGCAGCUUCACAAAGACUACAUCCCUCCAGGAAAAGCAGAGUGGAGCCGCAAAAAGUCCUUCUGAGCAUCUGUUAUGACGACCACAUCAGUAAUUUUUAAUUAGUACCUAAAGUAAGCUAGAUUUGUACCAUGUGGGAGGUAGAAAUGUAGUACAAAACUCAGUAUUUUGAGUUAUUUAGAUAAAAAAAAUACAAUCUUUGUUUGAUUUGUAUUGCAGGAACUUUUAAUCACUCAAAUAAACUUCAUAUUUACUGUAAAUCCUCUAAUAAAGGCCCAGGCCUGUAUUUGACUCAAGCUCAUCAAGCUCCAGGCCUUUAUUGGAAGGAGGACCAGAAUUAGAGGCAGGCCUCAAUUUCUAUUUGAGCAAAAUGAACUAAUGGUUCGCUGGAGUUUUUGACAAUUAAAAUUGCGCCCACAUUUUCAAAGUUAAACACAUUUCUUUUAACAACGGUAGUUCCUGCUUCAGCCCUCUCCCCCCUCCCCCUGCACAGCGGCCGCAAACUCACUGAUGCGCCUACAGCCUCUCGGAGUUCCUGCUGCUCUAAACAUUAAAAUAAUUAUUUCAUUUUCUGUUCCUCACUUCUGAUUACCUUCAAUGGUGUAUGUUUGUUGCAACCACCAGGUACAAAAACUAACUUGUUUUUAUUUGACUAUUUUUCUGUCCUGCCUGUUUAUUAUCUUCCUGCAUCUCCUCUCAAUCCUAAAGAAAAACUGCUACCUGGGUUCAUAUAUAUUCACCUUAUGAGUUACCUUUGAACUACAGUUCUAAAAGAUCUACCGACCGCAAAAACAGCGGAGUGCGCGCUGCUUGGCGGCCGCAUCAGGUAGGUGCGUCACCGGAGGACAAAACAGGUGAUGUGCCCCGCUCCACAGCAGCGAAACGCAUCAGGCACAAAUAAAAGACCGAAAACAUAAAAGGAAAUGAGCCGACAUGAACGAUCACGUGUUAAAUUUGUUUUUGAGGUGGUGACACCUGAUUUGAUAAUGUUACUGUGGCCAUGCUCAGGACACAGAUGUCUGGAGCGCGUCAACAAUCAGAGCUUUGCAUGUGCACGCUGGUUAAGAUUAGGAUGGGGGUGAGGGGAAGGUUAAAUUGCAAGAGGGAAACGUCACAAUUUGGUUAAAUGUCCGUUUUACGGCGGGUGUCAGUACCGACGCUCUGGCACAGUGCGUUGCCCCCCCGAGCGCAGGAGCUUGUCACCUGCUGACAGCAGGCUGCUGUCUUUUCCGAGGACUGCAUCUUGCCAGUCAUUAUCACCUGACAGCGACUAGUCGAUGACAGGCAUAAAAAGUCACUAUAGAGCAGUGAAGUCGACUAGUGACUAGUUCAUACAACCCCUACUGCUCCCCAGAGUGUUCUGCAGCAUAAUCAGCACGUUCUCUUUGAACUUGAUAUCAAAUUUUUGCCUCCUCUUCGUCUCCACACGGUUAAAGUUACCCUCGCGGUCUAUCACUGGCAAAUCAAAAGUGAGACGAUGACACAACCGCCCCCCGUACUUGCUUGUUACCACAUUCCACCCGGCCACAAUAAAAAAACGGCCAUUAUUCACCUCCGCCGACUCCGACACCGGCCAAAAUAUGGUACCCGGCAGUUAAUUAAAUACAGGCUAUUAUUAGAGGAUUUACGGUAGUUGUUUAUGAGAUUUUAAAAAAUGAUGCACCGACUGAUACACUGAUUCUAGCUUGGAGAGCUGAUACCGAUUUCUGAUUUUUUUUUUUAGCAAUUUCUAAUUUAUCUCAAAGAGUAAUAAUUAACAUAAUGUCUAUAUUUGUCAUUCCUGAUUAGAUUAAGAAGAUAAUUCUGGAAGUAAAUACUUUGAUGUGAACCAUCUAUGAUUGUUAGGGUUAGUAGGGAAAAAUGCUGGAUUUUCAGUGCUGCUUGGCAGUGGUGCAUUCAUGAACCCAAAACAUUAAGAAAUAAAAACUGAGUUUCAGAUUGGUCAGCCACUGGUCAACCUGGCUUCCUUCCUUCCUUCCUUCCUUCCUUCCUUCCUUCAUUCAUUCAUUCAUUCAUUCAUUCAUUCAUUCAUAUUUUAAUGUGCAUCUCUAAAAUACUGGCAAAUAUUUCUGGGAGAUCUGAGGAAACACAACAUGGAAAAAGAAAAUGUUAACAUGAAAACCCUUUAAUAAAAGCAGCACACCUGGAGUGAGCUGGUUAUUUAGAGCUGAGAAACGUCUGUUUCCGGGUUUCUGUGUGUAACUGUAGUUGCUGUUGUUUCAUUUAUUACUUAUCCGUUUCUUUUCUUGUGUCUGUGUUCAGAAAUUCAAGCUGGUUUAUGUUAUGCUUUUAUUUUGAAAGUCAUAGUGUGCUUCCAAGCCAGCCACACCUUCAUUAGUGAUUUGACCCACCUGUGUAACUGAGGCCCUGUCCACACGUAGCCGGAGAUCUGCCAAAACAUAGAUAUUUUUCUACGUUUUGGCCUGUCAUCCACACGAAAACGGAGUUUUUUCACACGAAAAUGGAUCUUUUUAAAAACUCCGGCCAAAGUGAAGAUCUGCGUUUUCUCUGUUUUGGGUGUCUGCGUGUGGACAGACAAAACCGGACUUUUAAGGUCCGCAACGUCACUUUCCGCGACAAAAAAAUGCUGACAUCACGUGUGCGACCUGUGUUUACACUAGCCGACAGCAUGGAUGCCCUCAGAGCUGCGCUCGCUUUAUCACUUGUCCAAGCGCUUUUUGCUUGUUUGUUUUUGCAAGCGGAAUUACUGCUCCUUGCGGAAGACCACAGACAAAGGACGAGGUUAAGAACGGGGGAAGUACUGCCGCCUACAGGUCUGGCAUGUCCUUAACAACGUAUUUAUCCGGGUAUGUGUGGACAGAGUUUUACUUUUAAACGAGGUGGUGUGGAUGCAAGUUUUUGGAGGGGUGGAUAUUCGUUUUUUUAAAAAAACCGGCUACGUGUGGACUAGGCCUGAGAAACAUGGAUGAGGUGCUGGCACACUGACAGGAGAAUUCUGUAACAAAGCAGAAAGAAAAGACUUGCAAAAGGACUAAAAAGUAUGUUAAAAGAUUAAAAGGAUGCUUGGAGUCCCUUCCUAAAGCUUACAACCAACGAGGUGUUUAUUUGUCUUUAUUUUAUUCACAUUUUGAAUUCAUUGUAAAUCUUGUGUACACAGUUUCAUGGUUUGAAGGAGGUCUUUGGAAGGUCAGAGAAAAGACGAAAGGCCAACAAUAAAUCUGUUUAAAGGAACAACUUGCAUCUGGUCUGCUUGGAAGGCUCCAACACUGAAGAUUAAACUUCAUAUUUUUAUGGUUUUAAAGGUAUUUUUGAUAUAAAUCUAUCAUCCUUUUGCAAAGAAAGUAAAUCUAGUUGGGAAUAAACUCUGAGCUUUGCCGUGCUGAAAUGGAUUCUCCAUUUUAUUACAAACGUGUAUUUGAACUUUUGCACAGUAGCUCUGAGUUCGCUGUAAAAGAGUAAAAUAGUUUUCUCCGUCUCUAAACUGCUCUACAAGCUGCUUUUUGGUACCAGUUGUUGGCAGUUUUAGUUUUAAAUGCCAGUUGGAUUUCAGUUCUGAAUUUUACACCAACAGGAAAAGUGGCUGCCAGAUUAGUUUAAUCAUAGAAGAUUUUAUAGACUUCUGCUGUCAAUCUGGGAUUAAUCUGAUAUGAAAACGUGAAGCUACAGUCGAGCAAAAAUAAGUGUGCCACCACUGCGAGUUCUCCUGCUUAAAAACAUGAGGCCUGUAAUUUUCAUCAUAGGUGUGCCUCAACUAUGAAAGACAAAAUGAGGGGAAAAAAUAAAAAAAAUCACAUCUUAUGGAUUUUAAAGAAUUGAUUAGCUAGUUAUGGUGGAAAACGAGUAUUUGGCCUCCUACAAACAAGCAAUAAUUCUGGUUCUCUUCUGUAGGAGGCUCCUCUGUCCUUCACUUGUUACCUGAACUAGUGGCACCUGUUAGAAAUUGUUAUCAGUAUAAAAGACACCUGUCCACAGCCGGUCAAGACCAAAGAGCUGUCACAGGACACCAGAAACAAAAAUGUAAACCUGCACCAGGCUGGGAAGACUGAAUCUGAGAAACUUCAGACUCAGAAGGGUUUUAUUGCCAUAUAUGCGAGAAAUCACAACAAUAGGACAUUACUGUGGUACUUGGUGCAAGAAAAAAUAAAAGAUACAUUUGAAUUAGGAAAUAAACCCAAUGAAAUGAUUAUAGUACAGGGAGGCAAUAACUGCUGAAGCAGCUACUUCAUACAAGUCCGUGUAGGUACUGGUCAAAGCGGGUCAGCUGAGCUGCUUUGUCACUUGUCAGUAUUUCUUAACAAAUAUUCUCUAAAGAGUUGAGAGUUGUUUGGUUUCAUUUCUUCAUGUUUCUACUUUACAAAUAGAGCUUUCGCCUUAUUUUGUUUGUUUUGCAUGGUUUCAUCGUGAGCUUGUAGCCUCACACAGGAAGUUGUCCAACACCUUCAGUUAAAGACAGGAAACCGUUAGACCGAGACUGUUGAGUCUAUCACAAAUAUAUCUUAUCAUUAAUUCAGUUUAAUGUUGAUGACAAACGUGAUGUAACCUUUAUUAAAUAAUUAGUACAAGUAUCUUCUGCAUCAGUCACUGCCAGUUAGUGAUCCCUGACAUGUCUGAUGCUGCCACCAGGUGCUUUAAUCCACUCUCUGCUGUCUCAGACCUCCUUGUUGCCAAUUUCCGAUCGUAUCAUUCGGUUGGAGGGCACAUGUUCCACUCUAGGAUGUUCUGAUAGCCCUCAGAUUGCAUAGAAUAGUACAGAUUAAGGUUCCCUGAUCCAGAUGCAACAAAGAGGGUCCAAAACAAACCUGAGCCUCCAUGUUUCACUGUAGGUAUGUGAAGCUUCAGCUGAUGUGACUUGCCAAAAAAAAAAAGCUCCAGUUUUGUCUCAUCAGCCCAAAAACGUUUUUCUUUUUCUCUCCAAGAAACUUUGGAGUUCGUCAACAUGCAUGCUGGUGGUUUGGCAGUAGAUGAUCCCUGCUGGGUUUUCUUCUGUGAUGUAGAGGAUGAGCGGAAGGGACCUUGGAGAUCAGCUUGAAUGGUUUAGGAUGGUUUCCUUGGCUUUUGUUUUCUACCUUUCACACAAUUCAUCUGAUCAACCUGGAGUUCUCCCUGAUCCCUGUUGCCUCCUGCUUUUCUUUCCUCUAUCCGCUGCUCAAGACAUGCAGGUAAACAUUAGACGGUACAUUUUCACCCAAUUUUCACCCAAUCACCUUUCAGUAGAAGUGUUCCAAAGGGAACAUCUAAUUAGUCUGUAGAAAACUGCAUUAGUUCUCACUUAUUAAAUUAGGAACACUACUUGGUUUUAUAUUUAUCCAUUUAAGCCGUCCUAAUGUACACUUAAGUAGAGAAUAAUGUUUAAUACUUUUCAGAAUAUUUUUGUUUGCAGGGUAUAAACCACACAUUAGGGUGGAGUAACAGGAACUUUCUCCACACAAAAGACCUUCAGUCAGUGUUCUCUGAGGGGUGAGAACCUGGCAGCAGCUCUGCACGAUGCUGCUGUGGUUUUGAGCUAAUAAAUCUGCAAAACUUCACUUUGCAAACUGUGUUUUCCUCCACUUACCACUGAAACCAGAGCUCCUGCAUGGUUUUACUUUGGCUUAUUCCUUUUGGUAAAUGGUGCAGAACAGAGGAAACAGAGGAAUGCCUCUUUAUUUUUUCUUCUGGCCAUCAGAGUUCAUCCUGAGGGGAUGGGAAGUCUUUUAGUUUUCAUUUUGAAUGACGUUCAAAGAGUUGUUUGAUCAACAAUAUUAAAUUUUGAAAAAGCAAUUUGAGGGUGGUGCUUUAGCUAAAAUAAAACUGGUCGUGUGCUUAUAAAUAAGCUUUGGUAUGAAUAGACUAAGCAUUUAGUAUGACAUCCGGUUGACCUCAAAACAAAAGUGAGUCAGCCUGAAGUUUUAUGUUUAGAUCAAAGAAGAGCAAUACUCAGGCCCUGUCCACACGUAGCCGGGGAUCUGCCAAAACGUAGAUAUCUUUCUACGUUUUGGCCUGUCAUCCACACGAAAACGGAGUUUUUUCACACGAAAACGGAUCUUUUUAAAAACUCCGGCCAAAGUGAAGAUCUGCGUUUUCUCCGUUUUGGGUGUCUGCGUGUGGACGGACAAAACCGAAGUUUUAAGCUCUGCAACGUCACUUUCCGCGACAAAAAAAUGCUGACAUCACGUGUGCGACCUGUGUUUACACUAGCCGACAGCAUGGAUGCCCUCAGAGCUGUGCUCCCUUUAUCAAUUGCCCAAGCACUUUCUGCUUGUUUGUUUUUGCAAGCAGAAUUACUGCUCCUUGCGGAAGACCACAGACGAAGGAUGAGGUUAAGAACGGAGGAAGUACUGCCGCCUACAGGUCUGGCAUGUCCUUAACAACGUAUUUAUCCGGGUACGUGUGGACAGUUUUUUUUUAAACGAGGUGGUGUGGAUGCAAGUUUUUGGAGGGGCGGAUAUUCGUUUUAAAAAAAACCCGGCUACGUGUGGACUAAACCUUAGUGUUAGUCUUUUGUAAUUCCACUUCUUUGCUUUGUUCAAACGUUUGAACAAAGUUUGAGUCUAAAGUAAAAAUGAUUAUCCUUUAAUCCCCCAGUUCUUCCAAGUCAUUUAACAAAAGGUCCUUUUAAACUGACACAUAUGAAAACAUAUUGUAUUGGUUUAAAUGUGUUACAACUUUAUUUUUCUUUAAUUCUCAAAUAAUUUGGUGGAAUCAGGAGAAUGAGAUUAAAAUUAAAUCUGUGAGGUCAAGUGAUCACAUCAGUGGAACAAAAAGUCAGUGGAGACUGAUUCAGACGGCGUUUGGAGGAUUCCUCGCUGCUCUGCAGGCUUCUCUUAGCAACUAGCAACACCAGACUCCAUUCACAUUCUGAACACACGCUAAUCUGGUCAGAUCUGAAUCUGACUGAAGUUACUGUCACUGCCAUGCUCCAGCAGACCUGUCUCACCAUCAUGGAGCUCUGAGCUUUUACCUCAGUAAUAGUCAGAUCAAAUCUGGGAGAUGAGACUCUGCUUAUUUAUGGUGGUUUCAAGUUUGGAAAAGAGUGAUCCAGACUAAAAGUGCUGCACCAUACAUUUUAUGGACCAUAAUGGAUGUAAGAGAGAGGCUAAUCUGUGUGGAUGAUGAUAAUCUGAUUGCCUUAAUGAGUUUUUUUUUCAGGUUGGAGCAUCUAUGACACGGUCAAAGCUAUUUUUGAAUCAACUGGUUCUUAUGUAAACUAAAUAAUUAUUAUUCACCUGUUCAUUAUCUAUACCCACUUAUCCUUGCAGGGUUGCAGGGGGCUGGUACCUGUCUCCAGCAGUCGUUGGACAACAGGCAGGUUACACCUAGCCUGGCCUGCCAGACUCCUCCUGUUUAAUUCUGUACAGAGAAAGGGGCCAGGAACUCUCGUUCAAAUAGCCCCACCCCCUGAGAAUUCUAACCGAGCCAAUCAGCACUGAGUAGCACAUGUCACACACCAUAACGCUGUGUUUGUCAAACAUGGUGACUGAAUUGGAGUUCGCUGCAGCUCUUUCCUCUGUUUAAAUUACUUGGACACGUCUUAAAAACAAGUAGAAUCGCUGAAAGACUUUCUUCUAAAGAAAGAUGUUUGCGCUGUCAUCGGGUGCCAUUUUUGACUACAGCUAAAAAACUACAGCGUCGCGCGGUACAGUCGGAAUUUCCAUCUUUCUUUGGAUUGGUUAUUUUUGAGCUGCCUAGUCCCGCCCCUCAAGUGUCUCUCUGCCUAUGAGUUCCUGGACUCUUUCUCUGUGCAGAAUUAAACAGAGGAGGGGUCUGGCAGGCCAGGUUAGGGUACACUCAGGACACUCAGACAUUGCUCUUCCAAGUUUUUACUGGGGAAUCCCAAGAUGUUCCCAUACCAGAGAGGAUAGAAACAUUACAGCGAGUUCUGGGUUUGUCUUGGGUUCUCCUUUUAGUCCGCAUGACUGGACAAGGACCAGGAUGCAAACCAGCCAGAUGCUUGGACCGCCUCAGUUGGCUCCUGAUGAGGAGCGGUAACUGCUUCAUGGACCUCCUCACAGGCUGAGUUCGACCACCCUAUGGAUGAAACUUAUUCCAGCUGCAUGUAUCUGAGAUAUUGUUCUUUGCUCCAGAGGAAGCAUGAGAUCUCCUCCUUUGUUCUAAUCUCUAAAGUUAUAAUGAAGUAACCAGACAGCGGGGAACACAGAGGCCAAUGUGCUGUUGGAGGAACAUUUAUUCAGAAUGCAGCAGAUCUUACUCAGCAGAAGUGCAGCACAGCAGAAAAUCCCUUAAUGAAUAAAAGGCUGGAGACAGAAUCAUUGCUCUGAAAGUACACCUGUCCUGCAACACUGCGGUUUAGGAUAAUGUGCAUAUUCAAAUGCAUAGAAAACACAUGAAGUAGCUUCACCACAUCCAGCAUUUCUUCUGAAAUAAUUUAAAACCAAAUCUAACGACACCUGUAAAAUAAGUAUGUUCGGGGGGUUUAGCAUUUAAACUGAGAUUAAAUCGACUCAUGAGCUAGCAGAGGAAGCUAGUGCUGAGGUAUAAAGUGUGUUUUCAGCAGGGAAUAUAAAAAAUGUGUUUGUUUUUACACAGUGGGUGUGACUUUUUUCACACUAGGUUGAACAGAGGAAACACCCCCGGGCUCUGGGCUCACACACCACCUCUGUGUGUGUUCUGUGUUUAAACUGAAGGGUUUCUGUAGCAUUAAUGCAGAAGUUCUCAUGGGGAGUGAACACAGAGAACACGUUAAUAAUUCAUGAAUGCAGCAGAGUUACCUGUCAGCUAGGUGCUGAUUUCUGUUGAGCUCAACAGUUUCCCACGAUCAGAGUGUAUUUUUUUCUUUUUUUAACCAGCUUGUUGGCAGAAAACAUCCUCAGACCCCCUUCAGGCUUUUUCAGACAGCAGCAUGGAAACCAGGGGGUUUAGUUUUCUACACCUUUGCUGAGCUCGGAAAACAUUUUCUAUAUAAAAGUCAGAAAUAAUCAUUACUGAACAUUCUCUGUUCAGAGAUAUAAAGUUUGCUCUCUUCAGGAAUGAUGAGCUAACGGCUAGUCUGAGCACAUCCAAGACUAAAGUAUUUCGCUGAUGUCUUAAAACAGCUCCAGUCUCCGUAGUUCCACUGCAGUUCAUGCAAACGUUAUUUUGGACUAAAAGUUCCAGUCAUGGGUUUCUGCUGUUUUUAAGGUGGAAACAGACUCGUUCAAGCUUUCCUCAUAGGCCCACUGUUUGUGUGUGUCUCUGAAUACCAGUUCUUCUCUACAGCAGGCUCCACAUUUCUCAUGACAACUUAACAGGUAGAGAUAAUUAGCUGAUGAAGGAGAAAUUGGUUUGAGCAAUCGGGAAUUUGUUAGGUUUCAUGUUAUGUAGUUGCUGAUUCUUUAUCCAGAAGUUGCGAACAAGUCUUCUGAACCCUGGUUCACACGGCAGGAUUUAGAAGAUGUUGGCCAAUUAUCAAAGUAUGAGAGAUUACACGUGUUGUUGGAAAACUCUGGAUAUACCAGUUUGGGUCCUACAGUAAGUGGUGUGCAGCAACCCAGCAAGUGCUACAAAUGAACUGCAUUCACUCACGAACAUCCCGCUCAGAUGGGAAAUCUUACAAGAUAAAAGGAGUCUCUGAAAUAAACAAACAUGGCAGAAGAGGAGCAUGCUGCGUGCUUCCAGCAGCUCGCUUUCUUGGCUAAACGUAACAAUCAACAGGCAGCACUUCGUUUGUCCCUGGAUAUCAGACCAAGACGUUUUAUUAGGUCUGAAACCCUGGAUUUAUGAUCAGAGUGGUCCCAGCGUUCUUUCAUUUAGAUCAGAGUGCUCAUAACACACCACAAAAGGUAGGAUUAUCUGAUAAGAUUCUCUUUAGAGCUGUUAUGGUAAUCGAGCACAACUCUUAAGAUUGUCUGAGAUGGUGGAUGUUGUCAACAGUUGGCUUGAUUAUCCUGCUGUGUGAACCAGGUUUAACUGAAUAUUUCCCUUAAAUAAGAGGCAAGGUUGUUCUUUCUUUUGUCUUUUAACUGUAGCUCCUCCACUUUAGAGGGAAUAGGAGGGGUACUGAAACACACAGUCAACAAUGCCACAAAUAUUCCCUAGCUGCAUGUUUGUCUGAGGCAACACUGUGGCAGGCAGGUACAACGAUGGCCUUUGUUUCAUUACCAACAUGGAAAUUAUGAAAAAGUAUGUUUCUACCCUGAUUAACUCACCACGCCCACAAUAUAUGUAGUUCUUGGUUUCUCACUUCAUCAGAUCCUUUUUAUUUCACUCAUCACCACGUCUGUCAUUACCACACCUAGUUCUGUGAAUGCCUGCUUCAUUUUUUGGCUACUCCAUUCAGAGGCGGUUUUACCAUUAGGCAUAGGUAGGCGGCCGCCUGGGGCCCCCUUGUGUUGGGGGGCCUCCUAGUCCUGACCGCCGGCACCCCUCUAUUAAUGCCACAAUAUUCUUAUUACCAACCUGUGGCCGCAGACGGGAUUGGACAUGCUUCUCGUUACCAUAAUUCCUGAACCGUUCAAGAUAUCAUUAAAAUUCCAAAAGUGCUGAAAAGAUUAAAAAUGGGACUUUUCGUGCAUAUACAAUACAUUACGGUAGCCACCGGGAUUCCCUGUCUUGAGCGCAACGAAUCACAACACAGAUUCAGAGACGUGCUGAGUUUGUCAUCCAAAAUGCUCCGUUGUAUAACUUUUGAAUGGGGGAUCAAAUUGAAAAAAUUCCAACGGUUCCUAAAAGUACAUAAAAGCAGCUUUCCAACGAUCUAUAGCAUGAAGCAAUCAGAGUUAGGGAAAAUGUCGCUACGAGGGGAAAUCCUGCUGUACAGCCUGAUUGAAACGGAGCGCAGCGCCGCGGUGAAAGCGGAUAACGGAACGGGGAAGCUAAUCAGCGUAAAAAGCCAGCAUGAAAUUAUGGAAAUGCCUCGAAGAAAAUCAACACGAUCUAUUAGGUGUCCCAGAAGGCUUAUUUUUGAAGACAGUGACCAUGAAGGGCAGAUCUCCAGUGAACCAGGAUAUGAAUGUUUGUUCCGUCUUUAUAUUUUAUUUUUUUAUUUGAACAACCCUCAACUAUUUGCUAAUUGUAAGAUUCAGCUUCAUUCCAGCAUUAUUUAUCUUUUUACAAUAAAUAAUUACAUUUGCUAAAACUAAAGUUUUUGGUAUAGCAGUGCACGUGUGCCAGAGAAGCACCCCAUGGCAGUGUGAGGUGU